ACCCUUUCAACCCUAAUUUCAGUCCUAAAAUUAAUUUGUUAAAACCCAUUCCAGCGACCGCCGAUCCACCAUUUUAUUCGGUGGCCGACAAUGCACGAGCAGCGACCAGAUUCCACCGACGAAGGCACCAUUCGAGGAAACCUGGUGCGGAGGUACGGGGCCAGCUAUGGAGGGUAUGUGGCACUCGACGUGGGGGCCUACGGAGGUGCGCGUGGCGGUCGUACCGUGCUGUGGGCUGGGGGUUGUACGGCACCUAGAGGCUGCGGUAUUAAGCAAAGGCUAAGGUUUCUGAAAUUUGGUUUAGAUAUUGGGCCUAUCGGGCCAUCAGGGUUAUGGGUUAGAGAUGGGGCUGAUUGGUUUUGCAAAUGGGCUUGUAACUGGGCUAUUGAAUUUGGGCUAUGUAAUUGGGACAUUUUAAUGGACUGUUAACAUUUGAUUUAAUUUUAAUUUAUUUUGGAU